AUGAGUGGCAGUUCAACCAUCUGGAUGAAUUCGCGGGAUGCAAACUGGUCUGAUGCUGUCUUGAUUUCUCUUUGGAUGCUUCUAAGUGAUGAGCCAGAUGAUGGCGAUGACGAUGGAGAAGAGAGCGACACCACGAAAGACAUCAACCGAACAUGUUGGCUGCCCUGGUCCCCCAUAAUCGAUCCCGGUGGAGGGAUUUCAUCCUCCUACGCCAUGAUCCAGAAAACAAACCCUCCAGAGAGUUGGCAUCGAAGAGAAAUUAGAUACGCAGAGCGUCCAAUAAAUCAGCGGUUUCUACACGAGCCGCCUUCAUGUUACACGCUUGAAGCCAGAGAAAGUUAUGACCGCUAUAAGACGUCUCGUAUGUUAUCCUUUCCCAAUAACUGGAAAGAAUUGUUACAGCCGGGUCAUACCUACGACGUUCUAUGGACUGGAGCAGCGAUUUCUCGUUGGGACUGGGGCACGCCAACAGAGGAAAAAGAGUCUAAGCAGCCACCAGUCCUAGUUCCCGGGGGUGCAUACGUCACAUUCAAGGUAGAGGAAGGAUCUCCACCACCUAUUCCGCGGCCUGAGACCCCACCACCCAUCCAAGCGAGUGAGAGGAUUCCAGGAGCACCGGUCCUCAGCCUUGAGCUAAGCUGCAAAGCAACAAUGGCCAUGAAUGAGAGCCAAGGGAUGCAUAUCAAAGUCACUUAUCACGGACUCUCUAAUAUUAAGGAUACCACAGAUGAAUUCAGCGUCUAUCGUCGUCGUCGUCCAGAUCAAUCCAGUCCGGAGACAAAGGAAUGGCAAACAUUCCAGGGCAACGAAUACUGUCGAUAUGGAUUAUACGAUAAUCCGGAUCAGCUAAUAAAUGUCUCCGAGAAUCCGGAUGACUUUGUGACACUCUGCCCUGGCGAAUCCUGGUCAAACUUCUGGACUAUGCGGGGGGAUGGAUACGAUCUGCCCGAUUGUGAUGAGCUGGAGUCUGGCGAAAAGCUCCGAUACCAGUUUCAGGGAAAUGUGUUGAAUUGGUGGAAUUGGGGAACGGCCAAGGAUCAUGAACAGACUAUUGUGAAGAAAUAUGGUUGGGGUGGUGGACCGGUAAUAGAGCCUAGGGAUAAUGGAGGCCGGCCGAAGGUGGUUGUUCCCGGGUCGAAUGUUUUGGAAUGGACCAUGAUUAGUGAGUGA